AUGUCUGCUUAUUUCUGGCUGCCCUCUUUCUUAUCUACAAAAUUUCGACAAAUCGAAAAAAGCGUUACUACCAACCUGCGAGGACCUUCGAGUCGAAGCUGGCUGUUUGGUCUCGCUAAAGUUAUCCAAAAUUCUGAGGACGCCGGUCUCUUGUACGAGCAAUGGUCAACCGAGUAUGGUUCUGUCUACAGCGUUCCUGGAUUCCUGGGACAGCAGAAACUAGUUAUUUGCGACCCGAAGGCUGCGGCGCAUUUCUAUUCAAAAGAGGCGGUUGGAUACGUCAAGACGCCCCAGUUCGGAAAGGGUUUGGUAUGGGUGGAGGGAGACCUACAUCGACAACAGCGCAAAUUCCUCAUACCAGCAUUCAGCAACGCGGCUAUACGCGAUCUUACCCAUGUCUUCUAUGAUUCGGCUCACAGGACCUCGUCCGCUUGGGACGCCAUACUGGAAGGGAGCGAUGGGACCGCCACGAUCGAUGUGCAAAAUUGGAUGGAUAGUAUCGGUAUAGCGGGAUUCUCUCACGACUUUGGGGCUAUCGACGGGAAGCCUCAAAUUUUCGAUAGCAUAGACUUGAGUGGUGGUGUCGCCGUUUUCGCCUUGAUGACCAUCGUGGGUUCUGUGUUCCCUGCUGUUCUUCACGAUCUCGCCGCUAUGAACCAGGUGUUCACUAGUAUAGCUGAUAAGCUCCUGGCCAGGGCCAAAGGGCACGGGAACGAAGGAGAUAAAUCUGUAUUGGGUCUACUGCUCAAAUCCGAGACCGAUGAAGCCGACGUUCACAUGUCUCGAGACGAAGUCAUAGCACAGCUAGUACAAUUCGGUAACACCGACCCAACGUGGGAGCAACUUCAAUCGAGCCUUCCAUACCUUGACGCGGUCGUACAUGAAACACUACGAACGCACCCGGCCGAAGAUGACAUUCUACCUCUCGCUACACCUGUAGUAACCAAGUCUGGCGAGACGAUUAACAGCAUUUUCGUUGCCAAAGGAACGCACGUUACCGCCUCCAUUGGGAUGCUGAAUAGAUCCGAGGAGCUUUGGGGUCCCGACGCGAAGGAGUUCAAACCGGAGAGAUGGCUGGAGGACAGUGCACCGAGAGCGAAGGAGAUAAAGGGCCAUCGCCACCUCCUGACGUUCGCAAAUGGACCUCGAAUGUGUCUUGGGAAGGUGUUCGCCUUGACUGAGUUCAAGGCGGCGCUCUUUGUCAUUAUUAAGAAUUUUGCGUUCGAAUUCCCUGGUGGAAAGGACACUGUUAUUGGCAAGCAUUUGGGAGGCGUUUUGGCUAGACCAAAAGUUGUCGGAGAGGAAGGCGCGAGAGUUCCGUUGAGGAUGAGGCGAGUAUGAGGUGACCUCAGUCUCGCAGCGACAGCAACUAUAGCAUGUACCUGUGUACUCGUAUAUAAUACAACUAGGAGAUAAACGGACAACUUUGUAGAAAUUCACAGUUGCAAAUUGCGCUUACCUAGAAGAUCUGAUGAGAGGGCCAUACCGUUCACGACUCAAAACCAUACCGAUGAUUUCGGUUGUAGGAUCCAUUUCUCCUAAGGUUGCUUGUAGGCUGUAGCUGACCCUCUGGGAACAC